CCAGCGCCUUGAUCACCCCACACAUUUCCCCACUGCACUUGCCGAACGUCAUGCGCAGCAGCAGCAGGGAGGCAGUCACCCACUUGACGGACGCAUCAUCCUUCGAAACACCAACACACACACACGCGUAGACACACAUGAGUCCAGUCCGUGCUUGGCUUCCACGCCCUUGGAGCUGACGCGCACGCACCGCACCUUGGUGAGCUGCGAUUUCCAGAGCCAGGCAGAUGCCACACAGUAGCUUGACAAUGGUCGCACGCGAAUCGAUGUCGGGGUCACUGGUGAGGCCGCGCAUCGUCAUGCCCAUCACGUACGCCUUGAGCGCGUAAAGGGUCUUGUCGAGCAGCACCCUGUCCAUGUCCACGGCUGCUGCUGCUGAGUCCUCUUCAAGACUGAGACACUGCAGCAACAGCUGCAAAACAGGGAGACACACAGCACCCACAGAUUCGUGCGUGCACACGCUUGUCCGUGCCUCGUGCACGCAGCCUCAACUUGGGACAUACCAUCAUCAGCGCCGCCAUCGGCCCUGGUCUGCGAAAGACAAAUACACACACGCCACACACAUGCCGAAUGAACGAACAGCUCUCUCCUGUGCAUACAAGUAUGCUAUGAGGCAGUCGACAUCACUUAGGUUGGUCACAUCCAUCGAGUCAGAGAUCACCACAUCCACGGCCUGCAGAGUGGACAACAAACAAGGGGCCGUACAUCGAUUGCACGAUGGGUGGUGCGUGUGUAUGUGUGCUGACUUGGCGCAACAAACCUGGUCAAAGCACACCACAAUAGAGCCAUCAACACAAUUCCUUCUCAAUAAAGCUGGGGGCCUACUUUCGACAGAAUGUCUCAGCCCUCCAAUAAGCUCCUCCUUCCUCUCUGGCCGUGACAGCACGAUGGCAGCAGCCGCCUCGAGCGCCGCACACGUGCAAUGCUGCCCCACACGGACCCUCCUCGCGGAGAAGGAGCUCACCUUGACCGGACUCGCCCCAGCUGCCUUUCCCUCAGCUCUUUUGUCGCCCCUUGUUGCCGACCUCACUGCCGAGAAGAAGCCCCUGGUACUACUUGUGGUGGUGGCCUGUAGCUGCCUCUUGGCGGUCGACCUUUUCUUCUCUUUGUUGAGUCGUUCCGUCCUGACAUUGGCCGCCUUGAGCAUGGCGUCGAUCAGCGGAGCCAGCUGGGUGUCGGAAUUGGUGUUGUCGUCCAUGUGUGCGGUCAUGAGAAAGGCGGCAGCGGCGCCAUAGGUGACAGUGUCGCAUGACGGCCGAACGCACUCGAGGCAGUCGUGCAGGAGGGGAAGAACGCCCUUAUCGAGCAGGCACUUCGUCAGAUGUCGCUUCUUGGCUGCAUAGAAGCAGAUAGAGACAUGAAGAGUGUGCACCAACAGGACAACAGAGCAUCUACGUGUGAGCCCACCGGCCGCCUCCUCACUCAAGUAGCUCCGGUCAGCGACGGUGUCUCGCAACUCCCGGCACUCCUUCCACCACAGACACGCGUCCUCCUCCUCCUCACCGCCCGCCCCCUCGUCCAGAAGGUGCUCCACCAUGGCCACCAUGAGGCAGUGGCCGGCAGCAUACAGAGCCAUCCGCCAACUCAGCCCCAGCUGAGCCAGCGCAAACACCAGGUGGAUGCUGUCCUCGGCUGUCUCCUCCUCCUUGCUGCAGUGCUGCAUGUAUGUCAGCAGCACAUCCACACGGUCAGGCGUGAAGACCCCCAACACGUCGGCGGCCAUAGCGUCUCUGCCAGUAGGGAAGUGGUAGAGCCCCUCCAUCAUAUUGGUGAUAACGUCGAUAAGGGUGGCAGGGGGCAUGUCGGGCAGCGACAAGAGGCCGAGAUGCGCAUCGAGGAAAGCUGCCAGCCUGCCGUUGUCGAUGAGAUAGCUGAUCAGCCACGGCAGAUGGCCGAGCGUGUCGGUCGUCACGUAAGGGCUCAUCAGCUCACACCAGCAGUCGAAGAGGACCUCCACUUCCGACGCAUCGCGGGGCGACAGGCUCAUCAGCACAUCUACACCUCCACUUUUGGCAAACAACUCACAUGUUCUGCUGCUUGGUUCCUCCAUUCCGCUGUCCGUCAUCGUGUCCAUGAGGUCUUGCAGCCCUGUCGUCCACAGGCGGUCCAGCUGCCCUGUUCUCAACAUGGAAGCCAACCGCUUGACUGUCUUCUUGUAGCUGCGGUCCCUGCCCUCGUCACUCCCGUGAUUCAGGGGGCGGGCUUCAGCGUCAUGGCCUUCCGGCCGCUUACACAUGCUGAAUGCGAGACCCAUGGCGGAUGUGUGUGCGCCUCUUUGCCUGUGGCUGAGUGCACUACAGGGCCACCAGAGGGCCACAGUGGAGGGCCUGAACACUCAGUUUCAACAACGUUG